AUGGCCAAUUCGCUGCUGCUUCCUAUAUUUGCGUGCGCUUUGCUUGUUGCUACGCUCGCCGCCGCAGGAAGCUUCAACAAUGACUUCGACAUUACUUGGGGCGACGGUCGCGCAAAGAUACUCAAUAAUGGGCAGCUUUUGACUCUUUCUCUCGACAAUGCUUUAGGUUCCGACUUCCAGUCCAAGAGCGAGUAUCUCUUCGGCAAGAUUGACAUGAAGCUCAAGCUCGUCCCCGGCAAUUCCGCCGGCACCGUCACCGCCUACUAUUUAUCGUCUCAGGGGCCAACACAUGAUGAGAUCUAUUUCAAGUUCCUUGGGAACCUUAGCGGCGACCCUUACACAUUGCACACCAACGUGUUCACGCAGGGGAAGGGCAAUAGGGAGAUGCAGUUCAAGCUCUGGUUCGAUCCCACCAAGGAUUUCCACACCUACUCUGUUAUCUGGAAUCCCCAACAAACUAUGUAAGCCAACAAAAACUAUCGCUUUUAAUUAGAUGCUACCUUUGAUAUGAGAACUUUGAGAAAUGCAUGCGCAGAUUCAUGGUGGACGGGACCCGGAUUUUGGGGAUGUAUGGCUUUGAUGCUAUCAAGUAGCGGCCGUUGAUCUGGAGGAGGCCGAUGCCUAACGUCCCGAGAAGGCUGAGCGGCAGUCGCCACAUCAUCGAAGGCUAGCACCCCCUCUCGCCACCGCCGCAUCAUCGAAAAAGAAAUUCCAGCGCGAAAUACAGCUUUCGG